AUAUAUAUAAUUCGCUUCGCCAAAAAGGUGAAUGACUUAAAUUAAGCAAUCGCAUCAUCUUCUCUGUGUUUUACAUCCCUCUUGCACCGUUCAGAGGGAAGAUUUGAUCAAUGGAAAACGAGAAUUGCACUUUUGUUGCUCAGCCUAUUCAAAGAAAGCGCAAACGUUAUGCCAUUCGUGAUUUCCCAGAAGGAUGUGGCUCCUUUGGCAAAAGGGUUGAUCCUAACACUUUUCGCCAAUUAAAUGACACUAUUUUGGAGUUGGGACUGCAAGAUUUGGAAGAUGAAGAAUUGAUAAGUGCCGCUGAAGUUGUUGUAGCGUGUGACUCCUCCAAUGUGUCAAAGUUUUCUUCUUUUUCAGAAGGGGUUCUUUGUGAUGGUUCAGAAUUCUCAUCAUCUGAUGGCAACAACAUAGAUGGUUCCGAUGCUGGUUUGAAGGAGAAGGCUGAAACUAAAGAGCCUCCUCGAAGAGAAUUAAUCAGAGACUUUCCUCCUUUAUGUGGACCACAUGCUUAUGCAGAUCAUGUGUGUAGAUUGCAAGGCAUUGAAGAUGAUGAUACUGAUGCAGAAGAAUUGGGUAAUGAUGUUCAAGACGAAUCCAUGUGCCUGAAACAGGAGCCUUGAAGUAAUGAAAAGUUACAAAAUAGCAAAAAGAGGAUCACAAUCCUAACGGAUUAGUACUCUCAGCCGACAAGGGAUCUUCAGGAGCGCCACUACCAUCAGGAGCAAUGCUGCCAGGACACUCCCUGCUCCACUACUUGCUUACGAAGUCCUUGAGGUAAUAUGGUUUGCGAGUUUCCCUUUUUAGCCUUGGUCCUUCUCCCUUCUCUGUUUCUGUAUUCUCUUGCUGUGCCCUUGCUGUUUGCUGUGUUGUUUCUGCAUUUUGUUGCUCCCUUGCUGCAUUCUCCUUUUGUGUGAGUCUGUUCUCAACAUCCCCUUGCGCUUCCAAAAUAACCUUGUCCUCAAGGUUAUAAUCCGCUUUCAAUUGUGCCCAAGGUUCCCAUGAUGUGUCUUCAGGUAGUAGGCCAGCCCAUUGCACAAGGACAAGUAAUUCACUAUCCUUCUCUGACUGAGUCCACUUAGUGUCCAAGAUAGCUAGAGGAGAAAUAAGCGGCUGGUGUUCUUCCGACGAAGCUGGUAGACUAAGAGGGACCUCCGGCGGGGUGGUGGAUGGAGUAUAUGGCUUGAGUAGUGAGCAGUGAAAUACUGGAUGUAUGCGUGAUGACUCUGGCAAGUCAAGCUUAUAGGCUACAGGCCCUAUCCUUUGCACAUUGCGGAAAGGCCCAUAGAACCUUUUGGCCAAUUUUGAAUAUUGACUUCCAGUAGUCGUUGACUGGCGCUGAGGUCGUAAUUUGACCAAGACCUGCGCGCCUUCCUUAAAUUGAACAUCCCUUCGUUGUUUGUUCGCACUCUCCUUCAUUUUCUACUGAUCCUUUAAUAACUUUUUUGUCAAACUAGAAAUCAUGGUGUCACGCUCGGUCAACUAAUCAUCCACUGCCGCCACAUUGGAAUCACCGGCCACAUACUAAGGGAUAUUAGGGGGCUUCUUGCCAAAGGUGAUUUCAUAUGGUGACUUACCGGUAGCAGAGUGGAUGGAUGUGUUGUACGACCACUCCGCCCACAGGAGGAAAUGUCCCCAUGUCGGUUUUUGGUGGACUAAAGCUCGGAGGUAAUGCUCGAUUAUGCGAUUCAUCACCUCUAUCUGGCCAUUCGUUUAGGGGUGAUACGCCGUGCUCAUCUUGAGUUUGGUACCGCUUAGCUUGAAUAGUUCUUGCCAAAAGCGACUCACGAACAGGGGAUCUCGGUAGAAGAUGAGGCUUCGUGGCAUUCCAUGGAUUUUGCCGGCAAUCUCCAUAAAUAUCCUGGCCAUAGUGGCAGUGGUGUAGUGCGUUGGAAGCAAACCUAUGUACACCCCUAGCUUUUCGCGCCGGCAUGGGAAGUGGACAGAGUAACCCCGAGCUGUUGCGGUGAUCGUUCUUGGUCUGUUGACAUACUCUAUGCAAGAAGAGAUAAAUAGCUUGACAUCCUGCUUCAUGGAAGGCCAGACAAAAUUUUCGUUAAUGCGUCCCAAAGUUUUUGCAUUGCCCAUAUGGCCGCCUGUGGGGGUGUGGUGAAACUCAGUGAGAAUAGUGGGGAUGACCUGGAGACCCUUAGGAAGCCAUAUACGACCAUUUUGAAGGAUGAAGUCGUCGCAUAUGGAGCAGUCAGGGUAUUUGGAAGGAUCGGCUUGAAUUCGUUGACGAAAUUCGAGGAAGGCGGAGUUGUGGAGGAGCUCCUGUUUAAGUUCCUGCAAGAAAUGAUAAUUGGGAACCGUUGGAAGAAAGAGUUGGGUAGAGGGGGCUUCUGUCCGUCGGGAAAUAACCCAAUAAGCGUGCCAAAUAAUGUUGUUGUUCUGGUGUCUAGAUGAGUUGGCCCAUGCAGUGGUCCGUGAGAAUGGUGAAGGGAUUGUCCAACAAGUACUGCCUCCAUUUUUUAAUGGCGGUGGUGAUGGCGGUGAGUUCUCUGACAUACGUGGAUGCACGAAGAAGCCUAGGGCAGAAAGGUUUACCAAAGAAGGCUAUUGGGUGGUUCUUUUGGGACAGGACUGCUCCCAUGCCGACACCGGAGGCGUCAGUCUCGACGCUGAAUAGGAUGGAGAAGUCUGGCAAGCUUAGCACAGGUGCAUUACACAGAGCCUGCUUCAGGUUGAGGAAAGCUUGUUCAGCGUCAGCAUUCCAGUGAAAGGAGUCUUUAGUUAGGAGAGCUGUGAGGGGAGCUGCGAGUGAGGAAUAGCCUUUAAUGAACCUUCUGUAAAAUCCCGACAACCCUAGGAAGCCUCGUAGGGCUCGAGUGGAUCGGGGAACGGGCCAAUUCUGGACUGCCUCAAUCUUAGCUGACACUGGUUCCACUCCCCGGCAAGACGCAAUGUGACCAAGAUAUUCCACCUGAGAAGUUGCAAAAGAACACUUUGAAAGCUUAAAAAAAAAUUAGUGCAAGCUAAGGAUUUCAAAAGCUUUGCAAAGGUGCUCCAAGUGUUCUGGGAAUGAUUUGCUAUAAAUCAGAAUAUCAUCAAAAAAGAUGGUAACGAAUUUACGCAAAUAAGGACCGAAGGUGCUGUUCAUUGUCGCCUGAAAAGUGGACGGAGCGUUGCAGAGGCCGAACGGCAUUACAAGGAACUCGUAAUGGCCGGGGUGCGUCCGGAAGGCUGUCUUGGCGAUAUCAGACUCCGCCAUUAGAAUCUGGUGGUAGCCCUGCAUGAGGUCUAGUUUGGAAAACCAAGUGGCGCUACCCAGUUCCUCCAGAAGUUCGUCAAUUUUGGGUAUUGGAAAUCGGUCCUUAAUCAUUAGGGCGUUCAAAGCCCUAUAAUCAACACAAAAUCGCCAAGAGUCGUCCCUUUUCUUAACUAGCAGGACCGACGAUGAGAAGGGGCUUGUGCUUGGUCUGAUGAUGCCAGAUUGAAGCAUAUUGGCCACUUGAGUCUCAAUUUCAUGUUUUUGGAAGUAGGGGUAACAGUAUGGUUUAACAUUGACAGGAAUUGUGUGAGGUUGAAGAAGGAUAAAGUGAUUGGUGGGUCAGGGAGGGGGAAGGGUGGUGGGUUGUUGAAAUAGAGGGGCGAAGUCUGUGAUUAAGGCGGAAAUAGCAGGAUGAGGGGUCGAGGAAGUGAUGGGGGAAGGGGAGGCGUGUAUGUGAAAAAAGGCACUGGCAGAGUUCGUCUGGAUUAGUUGUUGGAGUUGUGGUGGGGAGAUGGCUUCUAAGUCUUUGGUGGUGGUAUCUCCUUUAAGUUCAAUGAUAUUGCCACUGUGGACAAAUUUCAUGGUCAAGGUGUUAUAGUCCGUCAACAUCGGACCAAGGGACUUUUAGCCAAUGAACACUGAGGACCACAUCAACUCCGCUUAUGGGUAAGACAUGUAAAUCAGUGGUGAAAGAGUAGCCCUGGCUUUGGAUGAAAGCUGAUGGGCAUAAGUGGUGGCACUCUAUCGUUGCCGUUGCCAACAAGGACACGAAAGGUUGGGAUUGACAGUGGUGAGACUGAGGUGCCUGACUAGCCGAGCCUACACGAAGUUGUGCGUGCUGUCGCCGUCGAUGAGGAUGACGAUGGGCUGGUUGGCGAUGUGGCCCAACAGGCGUAGUGUGUCGGAGUGACCCAAAAGUGCACAAAAGCUGAUCUGGGCCUGGAGCGGGUCUUGUUGGUUUGGGUCCUCGAGACACGGGUCAGGGUUUGUUAUAUUAGGGUUCGAAAGCUCCUCGAGCUUGUUGUCUUCUGCGAUGAGUAAAAAGAACCGUGAGGCGCAGUGAUGCCCUCGCGUGUAGCACUCAUCACAGUUGAAGCAGAGGCCGUGCUCCCGGCGGCUUGCGAUCUCGGCGGGGGUCAGGCGCUUCCAUGGUAAGGGAGGGGGUUUGGCCGACGAAGGUAACAAGGGUGGGGUUGCUGAGGGUAAAGGAGGUGGUGGUGUGGGAAACGAAGAUGGUGUUGGGGGUGUGGGGCCGGGGUAGUGCGAUUGUGGUAGGGACGACGUUGCUCCGCGAGCUUGUCCUCCUGGAGACGUUCCAACCCGACGGCUUGGACAAGGGUCAGAGGCUGGAGAACUUGGACCUCGCGGCGAAUAUCGAGGUUCAAACCCGAGACGAAGCAACUCAGGAGGAGAGAUGGCGGAAGAUCAACUAUCCGAUUUGCCUGAGCUUUAAACUGAUGCAGAUACUCACUCACCGAACCUGUUUGGGUUAGCUUGAAGAGGAUUCCCGUAGGGUCCUCGUAUGGUGAAUGCGCAAAACGGGUCUCGAUGGCCUGCAAAAAUCCUGCCCAAGUGGGGAACUGGUGGUUGCACAUCAUCCACUGGAAACACGCUAAGGUGGGUCCUUCCAUGGUGAAGGAAAUGAUGGUUAGACACUCUGGUUCUGGGGUGAAGUGAUAGGCAAAAAACUGAGUGAUUUUGAACACCCACCCAGAAGGGUCGGUGCCAUCAAAUUUAGGGACAUCAAGUUUCAUUUUGGGAGUGUUGAUGAGGGUGGUUUUUGGUACAGGUUAGGCGAGGAAGAAGGUGAGGCUGAGGAGUUGGUAGUGUUUUCGAGAUUGGCCAUGCGAAGGAGGAGAUCUUCUAAUUUGUCAGUAACGGCAAUUUGGCUAGAAGCAAGCUGGGAGAAGCUAAGGAGCGCUAAUUGAU